AUGUUUCUGGCCAAGACCAGUCUGGAGGUGACCAACGAGAAGCUGGGGGCUGAGCUGGAGAAGGCCAGACAACGGCUAGUGGUAGUCUAGGGUCAUCCCUGAGUGGGUUGACAGUAAGACCUGGAAGGCCGCUGUGGUAACAAGGUGAGAGAUCCGUUGAAAUGAACCAAGUUAACCAUUGAUUCUCCAUGGGAAUAAUCCCAUUCAGCCCUCAUGUAACCCCCAAAAAACAAGCAAACCCAAUGAACCCAGUCUUUUUACUCCUGUAACUCCUUAAUGCUAAAUAAAACAUGCUAUGGAUAAGAGUGUUGCUAAAUGACUCAAAUGUUAAUGUAAAAAAAGCAUUAACAUUUUCUAGCUAUAGAAUGCCAAUUAUGUACAGAUGGCUGACUGAAGAGCAGUUGGUUUCACUCCCUCCCUUUGGGAUGUUUGAGAGUAAGAUGAAGGAGCUGGAGCCGGACAUCAUCCAGAAGAACUCCAGUCUCUCAGAGCUCAGGCUGCGGAUGCGAGAAGCCAGUGAGAAAGAGGAGAGAGCACAGCGAGUCACCAGCCAACUACAGGACCAGGUUAGAGUCUGAAAAGGCACCCUGUUCCCUAUAUAGUGCACUACAUAGGGAAUAGGGUGCCAUAUGGGACACACUUUGUCAUUCUGGGCCAAUCAAACCAGAUGGUUUGUAAAACGAAAAUGAAGAAGAAUUCCAGUACUAUGCUACAUUGUGUUAAUGUGGGAGCAAACAUUUGUUUUUAUUCUCAAGGUGGAGCUGUUGAAAAACUUUCCCACCGCAGCAAAGACGGGCCUCGCCAAAGAGUUUCAGUCAAUGAGAUGAAUACAUCCCAUAUACCAGCUCUUCAAUAUGGACAAACUUGUGAUGCAUGUAACGUGAUUGCCUUUGCAUAACAUAGCAUUACAAGCGUAUGGUUAACAUAUAGCUAAUAUGGGAAUGCAUUAUCAAAUAUAAACAACACAUUAAAGGAACUUAAAAACAGCAUUUAUGUUUGUAAUAUUCAUUAUUGCAUGGAUGGUUCAUGAAAAUCCAUUUGGUUGUCCAUCACUGAGUCACAAGAAUGUCCCCUUUGUCUUAGAUUUGCCAAUAAUCAUCUGGAGAGUGAGAAGGCAGAGCUGGUACAGAAACUCAGUGAGUACACUGAGAAUUAUGGGACAUCCUUUGCUGGGCCAGUUGAGACAUAAAAAGGCAAUGUGGUCGUGUUUAACAGUAUUCCACUUCAUUCAAAGUAAAGCAGGAACAUCUUUAUUAUAUAUGCGUUCAUGUAUGUUCUGUUAUGUCAAACAAAACUUGUAGUGUUCAAUAAACCCAGGAAUGAUGCAGAACCAGAAAAGGUGCAGUAACUAACAAGCACAAUACAUCCACAUCAACAAGUGUCUCAUGUUUUUGUCGUCAGGUAUGAGGAGCUGCAAACUGAUGAAGGCCACUGAUCAGGAAAAAAGGCAGUUGCAGGUAUUGUGACUUCUGUGAUCUAUAUCUCAUCUAUUUGAGUUGUUUUGAUUGUAGAAAAAUAAGAAUGGCUUAUUCUAAUUUAUUCCUCUGUGAACAUAUUUUUUUAUACCUUCCUGAUUCCAGGCCAAAGUGAAAAAGAUGAAGAAGGAGCUGGAGAACUUUGACCCGACAUUCUUUGAAGAGAUCGAGGACCUUCAGUUUAAUUACAAUCUGGAGGUGAAGAAGAACAUUGUUCUGGAGGAGCAACUGAAGAAAGUGAGUGAACAGUUUGGUGUAGCAGCCGCUGAUAUCCCUGAUAUGUCCAUCAGCUAA